AUGGGAAAAAAGGAAAAGCAUUUCUUACAAUGGGGAGAAUCAGACCUGCUGCCUUCAGACCUGAGACUGUAUAGACUGCUGCCUUCAGACCUGAGACUGUAUAGACUGCUGCCUUCAGACCUGAGACUGCUGCCUUCAGACCUGAGACUGUAUAGACUGCUGCCUUCAGACCUGAGACUGUAUAGACUGCUGCCUUCAGACCUGAGACUGUAUAGACUGCUGCCUUCAGACCUGAGACUGUAUAGACUGCUGCCUUCAGACCUGAGACUGAUAGACUGCUGCCUUCGACUGAGCCUGUAUAGACUGCUGCCUUCAAGACCUGAGACUGUAUAG